UAACGGGUUGCGUAAGACUUUUCUUCUGCGCGCACGAACGCCUGAGUCACGUGACAUCGAGAGACUUUUUUUUGUUCUCUUUUGGUUGAAAGUCGGGCAGCUGGAAGGACUAUGUCUGCAGUUUUGGUUGUUCAUGGCGGGGCUUGGGCCAUACCGGAUGAGCUCGCUAAAGCCUCUGUAGAUGGAGUGAAAGCUGCGGCACGCAAGGGAUUUGUGGUGCUGAGAGAUGAUGGAAGGGCUUUGGAGGCUGUGGAAGCAGCUGUGAAAGCUUUGGAGGAUAACAUGGUGUUCAAUGCAGGUCAUGGUGCCACAUUAAACGUUGAUGGAGAAGUGGAGCUGGAUGCCAUUAUCAUGGAUGGAAGAACACUUAACUGUGGAGCUGUGUCUUCAGUGAAGAACAUUCCUAACCCUGUAUCACUGGCACGGGCAGUAAUGGAGAAGACUUCUCACGUCAUGCUGACAGGAAGAGGUGCAAACCUGUUUGCAGAGAGUGUUGGCUUCAGCACCGUUACCACUCAUGCACUGGUGUCUGAGUUUGAGAGGAAAGAAUGGGAGUGCCACAAAACAUAUGCUGCUGGAGUACUGGAGGAUUUUAACACUCAGUGGACUCAUGAUACAGUUGGAGCGGUGGCUGUUGACAGUUCUGGCAAUGUUGCAUGUGCCACAUCGACUGGAGGGAUAAGGAAUAAGAUGGUUGGGCGAGUAGGAGAUUCAUCUAUCAUUGGAUGUGGAGCUUACGCAGACAACCUCAGCGGUGCGGUAUCUUGUACCGGUCAUGGAGAAUCCAUUCUCAAAGUCACGCUGGCCAAACUCAUCCUCUCACAUGUUGAACAAGGGAAGUCAGUAGCUGAUGCCUCAGACUUGGCCCUACAGUACAUGGGUGAACGUGUCCAGGGAGCUGGAGGUGUUAUCACCGUUUCUCCAUCAGGGAAGUGGGCUGCUACUUUUACCACACAGCGAAUGGCUUGGGCUGCUGCAGAAAACGAUGUGCUGUGGAGUGGACUGGACCCAAAUGAAAGAAAGAAAGAGAAUCUUAACUAAUCACAUUAUUAGUCACUGCCUCUGACCGUAAAUGUUUAAUUCACAAUGUUUAAAUCAGUGAGCAGUCUUUAGCUUUUAGUUUAUAGCUUUGGUUGAGAAAACAACGUUUAUAUUCAGACUCGAAACCAUGGAGGACACUACCAUCCAGUUUCAGGUCUGACUCCUCCCCCAUGAGCGCAUAUAUACCAGCUCUUCGACCAGCUAAUUCAGAAUUGACAAAGCCUCUUGGAUAAGUGGUGAAACGUCUUCUAACUUUAAAACCAAGUCCAGAUGACAACCCCUAAACCUACUACAAUGGAACCAACCUGGAUGAAUGAGAGUCUUCAUAGACAUAGACAUAUUCAGUUACUUAAUAUAUCACUUCAGUAGCAUGUAAAGAAACAUUUUAUUUACACAUGGAACAUUUUCCAGUUUAGGCAAAAAGGUGUGAAAUUAUUGUGUUUAUAAAUAUUUCUGAAGUGAAUAGUGUGAUAGAAUGAUAGUGUGAAUUUUCAAUAAAUUGUAUUCAUUCUGCACAUUUA